CUUUUGCGUGCAGACCGUUGCUUCCGGGUGACUUCAGUGCAGAAUCCUUUACGUUUUAUGCUUUUUGUGUGUUCUAAGAAAAGCUGAAGGCGCCGAGGCAAUAAAUCGUUUUGAAAAUGAACAGAAUAUUUGGACGCGGGAAGCCUAAAGCACCUCCUCCAAAUCUGUCGGACUGUAUCGGCACUGUGAGUACAGUCAGACCGAGAGGUGGAUGCCAGAGCAGAGUCCAUAGAAAAGAAAAUAAGCAGGCUAGAUGCUGAACUUUUGAAAUAUAAGGAUCAGAUGAAAAAGAUGAGAGAGGGUCCCUCGAAGAAUAUGGUGAAACAGAAGGCGAUGAGGGUCCUGAAGCAGAAAAGAAUGUAUGAAGGUCAAAGGGAGCAGCUGGCUCAGCAAUCAUUUAAUAUGGAGCAGGCAAACUACACAAUCCAGACCUUAAAGGACACAAAAACAACAGUGGAGGCCAUGAAGAUUGGUGCAAAAGAUAUGAAAAGGGCUUACAAGGACGUCAAGAUUGAUCAGAUUGACGACUUACAGGACCAACUGGAGGACAUGAUGGAAGAAGCCAACGAGGUGCAGGAAGCCCUGAGCCGCAGCUACGGUACUCCAGAGAUUGAUGAGGAUGAUCUUGAAGCAGAGCUGGAUGCACUGGGUGAUGAGCUGUUGCUGGACGAUGACAGCUCCUACUUGGAUGAAGCCUCAGCUGCCCCAUGUAUCCCUGAAGGAAUCCCCAGUGACAGCAAGACAAAUAAGGAUGGAGUUUUGGUGGACGAGUUUGGCCUGCCGCAGAUUCCCGCUACAUAAAUAAAGAGAUGAUUAAAAUAAACAACUGCACUUCAACUGUUAACACUUUUUUAAUGUAGAGUAACAUUUAUACAUGCAAAACCAUUUGAGCUGAGAACACUACAAUUUUGAAGCUGUCCUGGUGUUGGGUUGUGUAUGGUUACUACUACCAUGCUAGCAUGUGGCCUUGUAACAUACUGAACCUCUUUUAAAACAUUAUUCCCCUUAUUUUCCGCCUGUCAGUAUCACAGACUUCUUCAGUGUCUUUCAUCAGUGUUAACUUUAAUUUAUUUGUACAUUUAACUAGUUGUGUGUUUUAUGUAGUCAUUCACAUUUUGUUUGGGUUUCCAGUUGUAGAGGUGAUUCAAACUUGGCCUGUUUAAAAUAUCUGCAGGGGUACUAAAAACAUGCAAAAUAAAAAAUGUGUUUUAAA